CUUGGGUGUGAGCACGAACAACAAAGAUAAGACUUCAAUAGUUAAUUUGCUUUCAAUUGAUAAGAACUAUAUAAUACAAAUUAAUUAUUAAUUAGGUAGUACUAAGUAUUUUAAAUUUACAGUAGUGUAAUGUAAGAUGUCUUUGUUGUGUGUUAAUGAUUUUGAAGAAAAUGCUAAACAAAAACUUUCUAAAAUAAAUUUCGAAUUUUAUUUAAGUGGAGCCGGACAACAACGUACACUUGAAUGGAACAAAACAAGUUAUGCUAAGUACCGUAUUAGACCAAAAUAUAUGCGUAGAGUUUCAAAUAGGUCUACAUCAACUACAAUUUUAGGAAAAAAUGUGGCAGUACCUAUUGGAAUUUCACCUACAGCUUUUCAUAAAUUGGCCCACCCAGAGGGAGAAUCUGGCUGUGCUCGGGCUGCCGAAUCCUUUGGGUCCAUUUUUAUAUUGAGUACACAUUCAAAUACUUCACUAGAAGACGUUGCGAGAGCCGCGCCAAAUGGUCGAAAAUGGUUGCAGACUUACAUUUUAACAAAUCGAAAAAUAACAGAAGAAGUUAUAAAAUCUGCCGAAGCAGCGGGAUUUGAAGCGAUAGUGCUAACUGUAGAUUUUGCAGUAUUUGGUAUAAGACUGGUGAAUAUAAAAAAUAACUUCAUGGUACCUCCUAACUUAAGUGCAUCGGAAAUUUUGGAAAAGUACAGAAAAGAUAAACUAUUAGAAAAUUUUGUUGAAUUUUCUGAUCCAAAUGCCGAUUGGGAUUACAUUAAAUGGCUGAAGACAAUAACUGACCUUCCGAUUGUUGUAAAAGGCGUACUAACUGCAGAAGACGCUACUUUAGCAGUCAAAGCAGGAGCAGAUGCAAUUUUAGUAUCUAACCAUGGAGCUAGACAAUUGGACAGUCUUCCUGCUACGAUAGAAGCAUUGCCGGAAGUGGUGAAAGCUGUUGGAAGCAAAGUAGAUGUUUAUGUGGACGGAGGAAUUAGAGAUGGAACAGACGUGUUCAAAGCUUUAGCUAUGGGGGCUAAGAUGGUAUUUAUAGGUAGACCAGCAAUUUGGGGUCUUGCUCAUGAUGGAGAAGCUGGAGUUAAGGAAGUAAUCGGUAUUCUUAAGAAUGAAUUGGACAAUGCAAUGGCAAUAACAGGUUGUGCAACUAUAAAAGAAAUUACACAAGAUAUGGUGGUUCAUGAGUCAUACUAUUCACGACUUUGACAAUCCAAAUCACGUGACUUUAAAUGGUGGACCUUUGGCAAAAACAAAAAAAAACAACAGUACGUGAUUCCCUUGAGAAAAAUAGUUCUAGUGAGAUUUUUAGUCUAAGUUUGUAUUAUUUUUUUGGACUUUUUAUUCGAUGUGUGUAAUUUAAAAACGCCAUAAUUUAAUAUUUAUUUUAAAUAUAUGAAUACUAUUUGUAUGAUUUUUAAUUUUUUAAUAACAUAAUACUAAUGAAAACGUAAGGCUAAGAAACUUUGUUGUCCAUUCUGACAGGACAUUGGAUUGUCUAAUUAGGCAACGACCUGUCUGCAUGGAUACUUGUUAACUUUGACAGGGUCAAUGAUAUUAUAUAGAUUGCAUAAAGGAGGUAGCAUUGCGCGCGGCCAUAUUGUUUCGCAAGUGCUCUUUUACCAAAAAUAUGUUUUAUA